GCUUAUUAUAAUUUUCUAAUAUGCAGUACACACACAUUUUUCGAAGAAUGCAAGGUCCACGCGAUCGCUUCGCAAAUUUUCGGCAAACAUGCGAACCCCAAAGACAAUGAAAUGAAAUCUGCGUCCUAAAAUGACUUAUUAACUUUUUAUCGAUGGUUUUUAAUCCUUACCCUGAUCCUAACAAUGGUGUCGGGGGCGGUGUGUCCACCCUGGAAAUGUUGUCCAGCGGAACGGAGUGGUAAAGAUGGAUGGGAGGAUCAGCCGCUCGUCAACGCUUCCGGAAAUCCGGUUUUUCGAGCUUUCCCCUGGAUGUUCGGUAGCCGGGAUCGAGUGUACCUGCGCUCGAUGCAAAGUUUCACCGCGUACGCGGGUCGCAUGACGACGGCGCGGCGUCUGCGGCCCCUCCCGCAGGUGCAGUGCAAGGGCGGCCCCUGCGAACUCUCGCCUGCUGCACUGCAGUGCUACAACCGCGGGUUCGAUGGCAAGACUGUCAACUGGGAAUGUAGGGCUGACAUGGACGAGCGAGUGCGGUUUGGCAAUUUGCAUGUCAUCUGCGAGGGCUACGACUACGCUGGCGACGAGUACAUCCUGGCGGGUUCCUGUGGGGUUCAGUUCACCCUAGUUGCAACUGGUGUCCGCCCAACUGGUGGCGGCUAUGGUGGAGGCUAUGGUGGCGGUUAUGGUGGAGGUCAAGGUGGUUAUGGGAGGUACCCAUAUGGCGGAGGAAGAUGGGGUUCCAACUAUUAUGACUAUCAACAGAUGACCUGGCGAGACAUUUUGUUUUACUUACUUGUGUUGUAUAUCAUUUUCCGGGUCCUGAGCUACCUGUUCUCUUCAGGUGGAAACCGCAGGUCAGGAAGAUCAGUGUCGAGGAGGAAUAUGCCACCUGGCGGAGGUCGGCCGAACGACUACGAUCCCGGGCCAGGGUUUUGGCCAGGUGCUGGACUGGGGGCAAUUCUUGGCUACAUCUUGGGCUACUCCACGUCUGACGACGGUUACGGUAACGCGAAUUACGGGCCCAACUACUACGGCCCUGCACCAGGCCCAUCCGGCCCCGGGGGUUUCUACGAACCCGGCUACGAGCCCGGGUUCGACGGUGGAGGAAUGGGUAAUCCUGGACCCACUGGACCCACUCGCGAGGCCCGAGGUUUCGGGGAGACCAGUGUACUUCAGUCUAGCUUGGGAAAGUGUGGGACGGUUGCCUACAACGAUACUGUGCGGCCCUGCGAGAAACCGCAUUUUGAUUCCCAGAAGGAAGAUGGGUUGAAGAACUUGGAUUCAAUUUAA